AUGAUAAUUCCAUCUAGGGGUCUUAUUCUCGUCAUGCUCAUGUUUAUCGGGAGGAGUUUCCUCAGAUCAAUGAAGAAGAUAGGUGAGAACAAGUUUACAUGGGUGGUAAAGAACUUCUCCUCGUUGCAGCAUGAAACUUUUCAUGAUUAUACAUUUGAGAUUGAUACUGAUGUGUGCAGCUGCCGCCUUUCAGUCACUCCCCAUGGAAAGAAACCUCAUCAAGCCUUGGGUUGGCGUAUGUUGAUUGCUUACAAUCCAUCAUUGCUUCCUGGACGUACAAGACAUUUUAGUUAUCGCCUAACUGUAGUGAAUCAACUUUCGGAAAACCUAUCACUUAUUCAAGAAGGACCGCACUGGUUUGAUUCGGAGACAAUGGAAUGGGGUUCUGUAUCCUUUCCUGGCUUUCCAUCACUUCGCAACAAAGAUGGUGGAACCCUAGUAAAUGAAGAAGUCAAGAUUCUUGCAGAGGUUGAUGUUCUUGAAUCUAUUGACAAGUUAUAUAUACCAAAGAAACUCGAGAAGACAACCAUACCUCAGAUCAAUGGAUUCCAAGUUCUUCCUUCACAAGUAGAAACCGUGCGGAGUAUCUUUGAGAGACAUCCAAACAUUGCUGUAGGGUUCCAUUCAAAGAACCAACAUCUGAGGAAAGCAUGCAUGAACUUUCUUCUAUGCUUAAUUGAGACCAUGUGCCAAUCACUUCAGGAGCUCUCCAGUGAGGAUCUUGUGCAAGCAGACGUUGCACUGACGUAUCUGAAAGAUUCAGGAUUUAAGUUGGAUUGGUUGGAGAAGAAGCUGGACCAAGUUAAAGUGAAUAAGGAGAAAGAGAUUACUUGUUUGGCCAUCCUACAAGAAACAGAGGAAAGUUUACUAAACUUGAAGCAAAAGUGUUCAGAGCUGAAGGCAGAGUUAGCGGAGACCAAAACUCCUCUGUCAUUCGAUGAUGUUGUUUGA